AUGCCACUGGCUCUUGCAUUAUGGUUGAUGAAGCUUCUAUCAGAAGUUGGGACUAGUCAGCCCAAAUCCAACCAGACUCAUCCAUUCAGAACAGCGGUGUUCAGCGAGAAGUGCAUUCGAAGGGCCAUAUCCGAAGUUUCUGCUGAGUCACAGAGGAUGACAAUCGAGGAAGGCGACACCAGAAGUGAAGCUACUCGGGUUGAACAGUCCCGGUGCGAGUGCUGUGGAUUCUUGGAGGAGUGUACUGCUAGUUACAUCCAGCAAGUCAGCGAUUCUCAUUCUGGGAAAUGGGUUUGCGGGAUCUGUUCAGAAGCAGUGAAAGAAAGGAUUAAACGAGUUCCGAGAACGGCCAUGGAAGAAGCACUGAGCUCUCACAAGGAUUUGUGUGAAAGAUUUAACACUACUACUAGGCAGAAUCCCAAGCUGUCUUUGACUAUGACAAUGAGGGAGUUGGCCAGGAGAAGUGCUCACCAAAGGAAUGACCACAGCUCCAUGAAACCCAGAAUUGGUCGAACCAGCAGCUGUGCUCCCAGGAUUGAAUAG